UAUUUCACUUAGCAACCCUGAUCCUUUUGCUGUGAGGUUUUUUAUGCUUAUAUCUGCCAUCAUCCUAUUGAGCAAUGGCUUGUUCUCAUUUUUAUGUGCACUCUGACUUUCUGGUGAUAAUGUCUUCACAGUAGAAGAGUUAAAGGUAUGGAAUAUGACGAUAUAAUUGGAUAUAGCCAAGCAGCAACAUUUCCUGAUCAGCAUGUUAAAAAAUAAGGCUCAUUCAUCUAAACAAGAUCGCUUAGCGGUCACUGCUGUUGCUUUACAAGAUCACAUUCUACGUGAUUUUGAACUUCAAAAUCUUUCAGUAGCAGAUUAUUGUAAGACAAAGGUACAAAAAAGAGAGAACAGAUCCAAAUUUCUAAAAAGAAAUAUGAAAGCAAUAAUAGACACUGGACUUAAAAAAACUACACAAGGCCCGAAAGCAGAAGAUCCAGAAAAAGAAUAUGUUCUCGACCCAAAGCCACCACCGUUAACUUUAGCACAGAGGCUGGGCCUGUUCGAACCUCCCCCACUGCCUCUGUCAUCAGAGGAAUGGGGAAAAGUAAAACAGAGAUCCAUCCUGCAAGGGGAUUCGAUGCAGCCCUGCCCAAUAUGCAAGGAAGAGUUUGAACUUCGCCCUCAGGUGCUGCUGUCGUGUUCCCACGUGUUUCACAGAGCAUGUCUUCAGGCUUUUGAAAAGUUCACGAAUAAAAAAACCUGUCCCCUCUGUAGAAAGAGCCAGUAUCAAACCAGAGUGAUCCAUGAUGGGGCCCAGCUAUUCAGAAUAAAGUGUGUGACAAGAAUCCAAGCCUGCUGGAGGGGACACAUGGUUAGAAAGUGGUACCGAGACCUGAGGAAGACACUGCCUCCCACAGAUGCCAAGUUGAGAAGAAAAUUCUUUGAAGAAAAGUUCACAGAGAUCAGUCACCGUGUCCUGCGCUCCUUCCACACGGACAUAGACGAGCUCUUUGCAGAAAUCGACCGCUGCUUGGCCAUAAACCGCAGCGUCCUGCAGCAGCUGGAGGACAAGUGUGGCCGCGAGCUCACAGACGAGGCCUGGCAGAAAAUCCACAAGCAGGCUCUGCACCGGGAGGCCUGCGAGUGUCCCAUCUGCCUGACCCCACUUUCAGCAAGCAGCGACAGCCACCACGCGGCGUCGGGGACAGGCGGCGGCCAGCGCUCCCGGGAGACCGUACUGCUGUCCUGCUCACACACGUUUCACCACGAGUGUCUCCUCGCCCUGGAGGAGUUCUGGGGGCACGGCUCCCCUUUCCACGUCUGUCCUGUCUGCCGCUCUUGCUACCAGAAGAAAAUUCUUGCAAGUUGAACUCAUGGCAGGAAACAUUAUACCAUUUUGGGGGAAGCCCUGCUUAAAUAUGGACGACUUGUGGGGGGGUUGGGGUUAAGUGCCACAGUGUAAUCUGUUCUCUUAGUCGUACAGGGGAAACCCAGCUAUGCUGUAAAAGCUGACAGCCCAUCCAGUUUUACUCUUUAGUCCAUAAAAAGAAAAUUUCAAAUUCAUGAGUUUAAUCUGCUCAAAGUGAGGAAAGAAUAAAAUUUGGGUUUCAGGGGUUCUGUAACUUACUGAUGUGUUGCUUCAUGGACCAGUCAGGAUUGCUCAGAGCAGUAAAUCACUCCCUUUCUUCAUCUGAAUAACUGGCCUGUUUCCAUGGAGUUCUGAUUGGCAGCAGUGGGCCUGCCAGGCGGUCCCACUGUGUCCCAGGCUCCGCCAAGGACAUGGGUGCUGCACACAGCUUGUCUGACCAGCACGCUGGUAACCUGAAAGCACCCUUAAAAGAAGUGUCUCUGAGGAGGGAGGUGUAGGCAGAGGAGAGACCAGAGGACCUGUCUCCUCACCCUCCAGGCAGACUGUCCAGUCGACACAGAAGGGUUGUGCAUGCGUCCAAGGGGCCGUGAACGGAGUCCCGCAGCAUCGUGGCACUCUGCCACCGCAGGCCACAUCCCUGAUGCUCAGGGCCACCAUCUGUAAGUGGCGCAUUCUUUUAAUAAUAGCUUCCCAAAGGAAAAGACAUCACAACAUCAUGCAGCAUUUCAUUAACUGGUAAAGCACUUCCUCUGGUUCUCAGCACCCCGUCUGACUCUCUGCCUCCCCACAUCCUGUCUCACUUUGGUCCUCAGACACCAUGGACAUUAGCUGCUGCCUCCUGUGAAAGCCACUUCUUUAACAUGUUCAGAAGGACGUGAUACCAAAGUCGUGUCCAAAAAUGACUGGGGUUUUUGUCUGAAUUUCCUAUGUGGUUACAUUUGAACUUGCAAAAACGUUUUCCUAAUUCAAUUACACAGAAUUGGAAGUUAAAUAACUUUUGAAAGCUAGCUCCUAGCUCUGCCCCUUCACGGCAUAUGGAUCAAUCUAGUUUUGAAAUUUUAUAAUCCGUUUUUCAGUUUUUGCAACUUCUACUGAUUUUAAUUACAUUUUUGCAGUACAAGUUGUUUGCAUGUUGAUAAUUUUGCCUCAGUGGUAUUUGUAAUCACGAAUCUUACCUGAACAAUUUUCACAAGCCAAAAAAGGGUCUUUGUAUUUGUUCUUUCAGAUUCCAAAGUCACGUUUUUCAAACUGGUUUACCAUCUAUUAGUAGGUCAGAAAACAACUUAGGGGUUUGUGUCUAGAAUUUUAAAAAGUAAUAACAGAACCGAACAGAAAUUGCCAGCAGAACAUCACAUAGUAAAAGUAGGUACUGUUUUGUUAAAUGUUGGUUUAUAUGUAUCGAAGUAUACCUUAUGCUGAGUUACAAUGUAAAAUGUGUCUUCCUGAAGCCAAAGAGACUGAAAGCCACAGGUGUAAAAGCUCCUGUCAGGGAAUCAGUCAGAGGCUGGUGUCACGUAGUCUUCCGGGAACUCGGGAUAAAGCUGUGUGGACACAGUUAGGUGGUCCAGGUCUUCUAGGAAGAGAUUAGAGGAACCAAAUCCAAAUAACUCAAACAACUAAACAAUAUACACAAUUCCAAUUACUGCUGUUACAUUUCUUUCAGGUGGCAAGAAAUCGAUCUACCAAUAACUCCACAGCAAAAGGAAAGAGAAAAUACCCACUUCUUCCUCAAUUCCACAUGGCACCAGAAUAAUUAUUGCCGUUUAUAAAAUUGAAACAGAAGUAACCUAUAUAGACCCUUAGACAUGACUAUUUAAAAAAAUUUUUUAAACCAUACGUUUGAGUGCCUGUAAACCAAAAAACUCAUUUUUGUAAAACUUUAAUUUCUAAGACAUUUAAAAAGUCACAGUGGAAGUAUCUCAUAGAAACAAACAAGACUGACAAUUUGUAAACAAAACACUGUAAACAAAAAACAUUUUUGAACAUAAAACCAGAUUUUUUAAAGUUUAAAAAGUCAACACUCACGCAUGCUCAUAUUUUUUUAGUUACUGUAAGAAUUCUGCCUUUAUGCAUUAUGUGCUCUGCUAACCACGAAGAAAGCCACAUUGGGCUUCCCAGCGAAAGCACGUGCUGUCAGCAGGCUCGAGCUUCGAGGCUACAGCAGCAAGUUCAGGGCGUGCUGGGGUUCCAGAGUCAGAGCCACAUGAAGGUUCCACCCUCAUCCACUGACCCCGUCCGCCAGUGAGAUGGAGCUCACACUCGGGUGUGUAAAAUGUUCACAGAAAGUCUCCUAUUUAGAGGUCUAUUCUGUAUAGAAUGCAUAUAAAGCUAAGUAAAGAUAAAUCUAAGAAAUACCUUGGAAAAUCAGUAAAAAUCGUUAACAAUGUUAUACUCUGUAAAUUUAAUAAUUUUAAAAUACUUUAUUUCAAUAUUGCAGAACCAAUUAAUGUGAGCCCUGGCCAGGUCCCCUUAAGAAACUGUGACGACAGCACCGAGCUGGGGGUGGAGGGAGCCAGGGGCCAGUGCGAGGAGCGUCAUGGGCGCGCCCCACCAGGCCCCACCUUGGUGUUGUGCCCUCACCAGCUACAUCUGCAGCCAAGGAGACCCGAAGGGCGCCUGUCCUUCCCAGUGUCCAGUGCCAGGCCUCAGGGGGCCACCACCCACUUCUGUCACAGGCUCCUACAGCUGGCACGGUGUGUGUCCACGGACGCACCUGCAUGUGGGAUGCGCCCCUCCCUCCAGGGGAAGCUGCCUGAGUGUGUGACCGGGACACGCGCUGUCGGCACAGCCCCAAGUGGCUGUAACUGCACGGGAGCCCAAGCCUGUAACAAUGUGUAUUUAAGACCCCAGGUUCUCACCAUCCUGCCACAUGAUGGGUGUCCCAUUUCAACAGCGACAAAGA